AUGUCAAAAGUUGAUUUCACUAAUAUCAAAUGUGAUGCAGUGGACAAAGCGUACAAUUCGGUUAAGUACUGUUAUAUAAAAGCAGUUAAUCGCACCUAUAAAUAUUUCUCGGCAUCGAAUCACUUUCAUUUCAAGGAGCCUAUUACAAAUAUAUCGGUGGGUGUGGCCUUUCUAAAACGAGCGAACGGCUAUAAGCCCUUUUUGUACAAUGUCACUGUGGACGGUUGUAAGUUUUUGCGCAUUGGCGGUAAUCCGCUGCUGCGUUUUAUGCACGGCAUAUUUCACAAGUACUCAAACAUCAAUCACACCUGCCCAUACACUCACGAUAUUGAGGUAAAUGAGUUGCCUGUCAGUCAUGCCGACAAUAUAUUUUCAAAAGUGCUGCCCUUUCCCAAGGGUGAUUAUCAAGUUGUUACCUCGUGGUAUACAUAUAAUACUCUGCGUACCGUUGUAAAAUUAUACUAUACACUCUCAUAA